AUGAUACCAUCCUUACAGCUCGUUUUGGGUUGGAUGACUGCUGUCAUAGAGGCAGAGGAAGAGGAAGAGAAGGUUCUUAGUGAUGAUUCAACUUCUUCAGAGGAAGUUUCAAGAGUUGAGGAUUUUUUCAUUGGUGUUGGGGAUUUCUUUGGCAAGCAUUGGAAGGAAUCUGAUGCAAAGAGUACCCAGGAAUUUUAUGGAAAUGUGUCUACAGCUGGAAAGUGCCUAUCCCCAUCUCGCUUGCCAAACAAAUCUUCCCAUGGUGACGUUGAACAUUCUAGGAAUCAGAAAGAUAGGUUUUCAGGGGUUGAGGGAUCUGUUACUGCCUUCCUCAUGUUUUCCAUUGUCAUCUUCUGGUCCUAA